AUGCCCCACGGCGUCCAGCGCACAGGCUUUGUGCUAGCCCCUGAAGCCAAGCUGUCCAACGCCUGCCGCAGCCCCGAGCCGCCCACGUUAACGGUCACCCACCCGACCUUCACCACGGGCACCUGUAACGACGCUACGGUGCAUAGCUGCGAGCUGUGCGGCAAAGGCUUUCGCUUGCAGCGGAUGCUCAACCGCCACAUCAAGUGUCACAGCCAGGUGAAGAGACACUUGUGCACCUUCUGCGGAAAGGGCUUCAACGACACCUUUGAUCUGAAAAGACAUGUCCGGACCCAUACCGGAAUUCGACCUUACAAGUGUGAGGUUUGCAACAAAGCCUUCACCCAGCGCUGCUCCCUGGAGUCCCACCUUAAGAAGAUCCACGGUGUGCAGCAGCAAUACGCCUACAAACAGAGGCGAGACAAACUUUACGUGUGCGAAGACUGCGGCUACACGGGCCCCACGCAGGAGGACCUGUACCUGCACGUCAGCAACGUUCACCCCGGAAGCGCUUUCCUGAAAAAAACCUCAAAAAAACUUGCAGCGGUUUUGCAAAACAAACUGAGCCCUGUCCUGCAGAGGAACUCCAAAGACGACGACAAAGAUGAGUAACGCAGCGGAUUACAGUGGUCUAAAGGAAUGAAGUUUACAUGCAGGAAUAUAUAUAUAUAUAUAUUAUUUUUUUAAGGACAA